UCCCUGCUGGCCACCAUCAGCUGGACGGCUCUGGAGGGAUUCCACCUCUACCUUCUCCUCGUCCGAGUCUUUAACAUCUACGUCAGGAGAUACCUGCUCAAACUCAGCUUGGUGGGAUGGGGUCUUCCUACACUGAUUGCAGUGGCUUGUGGGAUUUCAGGUGUUUAUGGGAAAUACAGUCUGAAACUGACUGUUGCUAACAACUCCAAUUCAACAGUGCAGAUGUGCUGGAUGAGCAGCGAGUUCCCACAGAGGCUUUUGGUCAGCUACAUCACUACUGUGGCCUUUCCAUGCCUGGUGAUACUAUAUAAUUCCUGCAUGUUGGGACUGGUGGUGUUCAAGCUGUGGGGGCGUAAGAUAGGUGACGGUGGCUGGAACAAGAUGAACAGAAAGAAAUGGAGCAGACUGUGGAAGGAUUGUGCCACAGUGCUGGGCCUCAGCUGUGUGCUGGGGUUACCUUGGGGGUUAGCCAGCACCACCUUCAUGUCCCUUGCUGGGAUAUACAUCUUCACUAUACUCAACUCCUUGCAGGGUGUAUUUGUGGUCCUGUGGUCCAUAGCUUUGACCUGUGCAUCCCGAUCCAAUAAUAACUCCUCAGUCAAAGACUCUUCCUCUCAGAAAAUGAUGACUACUAGUUUAUAGUAUAAUAACUGAAACAGCUAAAACAACUGUAUUAUUUAUCCAUUACCUAUAUUAGGUCUUUGCUGGCCUUUGGAUUCCAGUUUUAUGCAGCUAAAUGAUAACUUACAAUAAUUUUAUUUGUUGAUGUCUUCCUGCUUCUUUUAAUAAAGAUAGAAUUGAAAACCAUG